AUGAUUUAAAGUUUCAAACUUUAUACACUUCUGCUCAGUUCUGUUCUUCUCAGGAGGCCAACCACUGCCUUAAUGUGAAGUGAAGUAACCCAGAUUUUGUGAAAAUGGAAAGACUCCAUUUUUAUAGCAAAAUCCUAGUGCUUGUGGUGAGCUUGUCAGCGGCGGCGGAGGUGGCUGAAUCGGCGAUAGGGGUGAACUGGGGCACGAUUUCUCUCCACCGCCUCUCGCCUAAGAAUGUGGUGGAUCUUUUGAAGGACAACAAGAUUGAAAAAGUGAAGCUCUUUGAUGCCGACCCAGACUCCCUCAAGGCGUUGAUGGGCUCUGGGAUCCAAGUCAUGGUUGGGAUCCCUAACGAAAUGCUGGCUCUCCUCAGCUCCUCUCCCUCUGCUUGUGAUUUGUGGGUUGCUCAAAAUGUCUCCAAAUAUGUUGUCAAAGGCGGUGUUGAUAUCAAGUAUGUUGCAGUUGGAAACGAGCCGUUCCUGACUAGUUACUCUGGUCAAUUCCAAUCUUAUGUGGUGCCUACUAUGGUGAAUUUACAGCAGUCUCUGGCUAAAGCAAAUCUUGCAGGCACAGUGAAGUUGGUCGUCCCGUGCAAUGCUGAUGCCUAUGUAUCUAAUCUGCCAUCACAAGGAGCCUUUCGAGCCGAGCUCACACAGAUCAUGACGCAGAUUGUUUCUUUCCUCAACUCUAAUGGUUCGCCUUUCAUAGUGAAUAUAUAUCCCUUCCUAAGCAUGUAUGGGAACUCUGACUUUCCUCAAGAUUAUGCAUUCUUCGAGGGCACUACGCAUCCUGUGGUGGAUGGACCAAAUACCUACUACAAUGCGUUUGAUGGUAAUUUCGACACACUAGUGUCAGCCCUAAGCAAACUAGGGUAUCCUCAGAUGCCGAUUGUUAUAGGAGAGGUGGGUUGGCCGACAGAUGGUGCAUCCGGGGCAAAUCUCACUGCAGCGAGGGUUUUCAACCAGGGACUUGUUAAGAAUGUAUUGUCGAAUAAGGGAACUCCUCUAAGGCCAGGUGUCCCGCCUAUGGACGUCUAUCUUUUCAGUCUUCUCGACGAGGGGGCCAAGAGUACCCUUCCCGGGAACUUUGAGAGGCAUUGGGGCAUAUUCUCCUUUGAUGGACAGGCCAAGUACCGACUGAAUCUUGGCAAUGGAUAUUUGAAAAACGCGAAAGAGGUUAAGUAUCUUCCCUCCCGAUGGUGUGUUGCAAAUCCUAACCGGGAUCUUUCCACCGUGGCAAGCCACUUCAAGCUUGCUUGUAACUAUGCAGAUUGCACGACACUCAGCUAUGGGGGAUCCUGCAACGAUAUUGGUGAGAAGGGGAAUAUAUCGUAUGCUUUCAACAGCUAUUAUCAGGUGCAGAAGCAGAAUCCUCGAAGCUGUGAGUUUGAUGGGCUUGGGAUGAUCACUAUGUUGGAUCCUUCGAUUGGCGACUGCAGAUUUCUUGUUGGUGUCACAGAUGAGAAAUCUCUAGGCUUUAGGUCCGACAGCAGAUGGGGUGUAUUCUUGCUAGUUGCUUGUUGGGCGCUUCUCGUGAUUUUCAUGUGACUCGGAGGUUUUGAAGUGGGGUUUUCAGGGUUCCCUCUUCUGUAAUGUCCCGGUUAGCGAAAGAAAAAGAUAAGAUACUGCACAUAAAUAUCACUAUAGAUGUAUUGAUUAGAAGAUUGGUUGGGGUUAGUAUGGUUAUUGUUGAGUUGUGAGAGUAUUGACUAUUGAGCUUCUGUACUAUUAUAGCACUAUAUUUAUUGAAGAUUUUUAUUCAAUUUGA